AUGCCUGAUACGGUCUACCGCGAGUCCCGCAGCUACGUGCGGGAGCGCGAUGACCCGGAGUCGGACGACGAUCGCUACCGAGGCGCCCCCACCGUGCGCCGCUACAAGGUCACCCAGACUCAACGCGUGCCGCCUCCACCACCUCCACCGGUCGAGCACGUAGAGCGCAUCGAGCGCACGGAACGUGUUGUCGAGAACGACUACAUCGAGGAUGAUCGGCGCUCCAGGUUCUCCACUCACUCUCACCAUUUGCACCCAGGCCGCUCAUCCGGCGACUUGGUCGAGGUCGACACUACGAGACGAGUAGAUAGGACCUAUCUGCCCGAGAGACCAAGAUCUGCCUUCGACCCGCCCGCCCAGAGAAGUACCCAUGUCGUGGAGAAAGUCACGGAAAGGGAACGAGGAAGAUCGCCAACCCCUGAAUUUUACGAUAUAAGCAAAAGGAGUGUCGUCCACGACGACGGUCGCAGUGCAGUUUACGAGAGGACCAGGGAGGUCGAACGCGAAGAACCGUGGCCAGCAGAUCGCCAGCGUACUACUGUCGAGACGAAGCGUGUGGUCGAACGCGACGAUGAUCGCUGGUAUGAUGACCGAGACCGACAACGAACCACGGUUGAGAAAAAAGUUGUUGAGCGAGAAGGCGAUCACUGGUGGGACGAGCGUGAGCGCCCCAGGGACCGUGAGCUUGUCGUACAGAAGACAAAGGAGGUUGAGCGAGAGCGCGGCCCGACCUCUCCGCGCGACUGGGAUCGGCAUUCGCAUUCUCCAUGGGACCGUGACAAUGUCGAUGUCCGGGUUGAGAGACGUGUCGAGAAGCGCGACGACGGUGUAGACGUCACCAUGCAGCGCCGCGUGGAGGAGCGCCGCGACGAGACACCCUACGGUGAAGUGGAGCGGUACCGCAAGGAGACCGAGUACUACGAGCCGGCACCCCCAGACCCCGCCCCCAUCAUCAUCCGCCAGCGUGCUCCGGAGCAGAGGAUCAUCGUGCAAGAAGCUCCUGAGCCAGCGCCGAUCGUCGUUCCGUACAGGCAGCAACAGAACACAGUGGUCACCCGGCGGGAGGAACCUCGCGAGGAUGAGUACUACUACAGGCGCAGGGAAACGGACAGAUCUGACGACGACGACGUCUACGUCAGGAGGACAAUCAUUAGGCGUCAGCGGAGCAAGUCGCCGGAGCAUCAUCACAAGCUGCACCUGGCAGAGGGUGCAGUGGCCGGUGCUGGCCUGGCUGCUCUUGCGGCCUCUCGUCGCAAUGGUGAAGGUGACCUUCAGUCAGGCCGAGGACGCAAGGUCCUGGCUGGAGCCGCCCUAGGUGCCCUGGGCACUGAAGUAUUCAAACGCGCGCGCUCUGCUUACAAUGACCGGUAUGGCGAUGAGGAUGAUCGCUACCGGGAAGAUUACAGACGCGGCCGAUCACGCUCACGUGGGGGUGACUAUCGCGAAUAUCGUGACUAUCGAGGUCGCGAAGACGACUACGACGAAGAACAUGAUAGGCACCACAAGAUCAAGACCGGCCUCGGGCUCGCGGCUGCGGCACUGGCGGUGGCUGGAGCAGCUAAGUACUACCAAUCCCAGAAGAUAGAGAAGGAGGAAUUGCGCCGCGGACGCAGUCUGCAUCGCUACGACAGCGACUCGGGUGACAGCUACAUCAGUCGCUCCCGCAGUAGACCAGGCGGAGGACGGUCCCCAUCUCGCGGCUCAGGCGUCGCAAAAGCCGCAGCUGGAACCGCCGCCGUUGCCGGUCUAGUCCAGCACUUCCGGAGCAAAUCCCGCGCCCGUCAAGGUGGAUCCAAGUCGCGCUCGCGAUCGCGGCUCCGGACUGGCGCUGAGAUUGUAGCUGCUGGACUGGCCGGCGCAGCGGGCAAGAAGCUGUAUGAUCGUUCCAAGGACAAGAAGGAGGAGCGUGAGAGGGAAUUGUCAGACGAGGAACACGAAUAUCGGGAGCGGGAGCGGUCCAGAUCUCGGAGGGAUAGGUCUAGAUCGCGAUCCCGCUCCAGAUCACGUAGCAGGUCGCGCUCUAGACCCCCAAUCCCGACCUCUGCCGCAGCCGCUGAUCCUGAACUAGGUUUGGUUGAGUAUGGCGGCCAUCCCCUAUACUCCGACCGAGACGCGGCCUAUGGGGCACGAGCGGCCGAACCGGGCUAUGAGUCGGCGGAGGAUAGGAAGAGGCGACGGAGGGAGCGGCUGGCCAAGCGGAGGACUCAGUCGAGGGGCGUGGACACAGACGACGACAGCGUGUAUGAUGAGAAAGAGGAGAAGAAGGAAAAGAGGGCGAGGAGUAGAAGUCGCUUUAGGGAUAUGGCUGCUGGUGCUGCCGCUGCGGGUGCUGCUGCGAUUGGGUUGAAGAAGUUUGACGAUGCUAAAAAGGAGAAGAAGAGGGCCGAGUCGAGGUCGAGAGAACGGAGCAGAGAAAGAUCACGAGAACGGUCGAGAGACCGGGAAGAGAGAGAACGAGACAGGGAGGCCAGAACAAGGGACCGUGCCGAGAGAGAAAGGGAUCGUAGGGAUAGAGAGAGAGAUCGCAGAAGUUACGAGGAUUCCGUCGCCAACGCUACUCCUAACGCCUAUGAUCAGCAACGCCCUCCCUCUCCACCGCACGCGUCUGGCGGCUACUUUGACCCUCGCCCACCAGGUCCUCCUGCUCCUGGCACCGACACAUUUCAACAGGGUUUCACACAGCAUCCUAAUAUGGCCUCCACGAAUCUACACGAUACUUACACGCCGUACAACCCUCAAGAAUACCAACCAUUCCCUCCACCACCGCCAGGACCACCGCCAAAUUCCGCAUCGACCCCGACUGGGAUGCCACCACCGCCAACAGGGGGUUACCGGCGAAACGAUCCCGAUCAUGUGAGUAGCGAAAUAUCUGAUUCUUCUGUCAACGCCGAUGUCAACGUAAGGGAUGGGGACCACGGCCACGACCGUGAACGGGGGCGACCCAACAUUCGCCGCGGAGCUGAGGAUGGUGUAAACCAACAGCCGAAUCGCUCUAUGUCCCGCGAGCGUGCGCCAUCAGCAGCAUCCUCGGUUGUGUCUAAAGCUGGACAAGACACUCCCUCAAGAACACCAUCUCCUCCCAGGACACCUUCUCACGUCCAAUGGGUCCCACUAUCACCACAAUCCUCCCAGACACUCCUCCGCCACCGAGCCACCAAAUCGCGCGAGAACGUGGACGACGACGGCGGUGUAGAAGACGACAACAAUAGCGCCGUCGUACCAGUCCGCCGGCGGUUCCGCAAGCGCCGACGCAACUCAGACCCCAGCGCCAAUCGCCCGGUGGUCGGGAGGCACCGAAACGAGCUGCCGGAAUCCGACCGGUCCGACUCCGCAAGCGGGGACGAGGUCGAGGUCCUCCCCGACCGCUUCGACACCACAGGGCGGCCGAUCGACCCCAACGCCCCGUCCAGCUCCAGGAACGCACGAGCCCGGGGUGGUUGGACAGAGCGUCACGGCGACUUCGAGUACCGCUCCCCGCGACCGGGAGGCACCCAAGCCCGUGGCAUGUGGAGCGUGGGCGGGACGGACCCGGACCAGGUGGAGAGGAUGAUGCAGGAUGUCACGGGAAUCAUCGGAGACGGCCCCCCGAAGGGCGUCGGUGGCUGGCUUGGACUGGCUGGACGGUUAAUAGGCAGUGGAAUCUUGGGGGCUCACGGGCUUCCCGGCUCUCAUGACGACGAACACGAUAGUGGUGAGGAUAACAACGGCGGCGGCCGUCGGGGUGGCGGCGGGAAGAGUAGGGAUGUGGGCAAAGUCGGAUAUGGGGGUAGCGGGAGCGAGAUUAGCCGCGAUGAGAGGGGCAAGGGUAGGCGGAGGGUGGACGACCAUGAGUAUAAUGACCCGGACGAAGUCGACGAGGACGACGGGAUGAGCAGGAGGAGGCGGCGGCGGAAGAGGCGUGAGGUAGAGUGA